ACUGAAGCCGGUAUAUUGUGUGCUAUACCUUGCAAUCUGAUUAAACUGCAAACAAUAACCCCAAAAGUUUCGCGAGUCAGAAAUAAUCUUUACGUUUCACAUUAUAAUGUUACAGUAUCGAUGGAAGUAAACUAUAUGGAUUUCCGCUUUAAUUUUGACCGCACAUUUUAAUAUCAAAAAACUCGUUCGGUUAAUAAUGAUAAAAUUGUGUAUUUUGGCUCUAUUUUCAAUUCUAUCAAUCAGAUGACAAACAUUAGGUCUGGAGUAAGCAAAGCCAGGAUAUUAACAAUCGCUAACAUCGAGGAAUGAAGAUGUGCGAGGAAUCAGCGUGCCUAGUCCCGCCUCCGGAACAGACGCAAAAUGAAUUGGAGCCUGAAAGAGAGACGUCACUGUCGAACAAUGGGGAAGCGCUGGUUGGUUUUCACGAGGACGCGUUGUCUCAAGCGACGACCGGCAAAGCUCAAAUCUUGCUCGCCGUCGUACUUGGGUUUGGCCUUGCAUCCGAGUGCGGCGAAUCGACGAUGCUGAACUUUAUACUUCCCGCCGCAGAGUUGCACUUAUGUAUAGAGGAAAGAAAAAAAGGAUGGCUCGUGUCCAUCACGUUACUCGCGCUGGCGACCGGCUCUACAACGUGGGGCAUUUUGGGCGACUACAUAGGUCGACGCAGGUCGUUGAUAGCUGCGUUGUCUGUUUCCGCUUUGUUCUCGGCGGUGGCAUCGGUGAUGCCCACUUACGGCACAUUUAUGACGGCCAGAUUUUGUUCGGGACUCGGUGUAGCUGGGGCGUUCCCCCUAUCUUUCGCAUAUUUGACGGAGACGUGUUCGAGGGCGACGCGCUCCAGGUACGUGGGGGUUCUAUACGCGAUGUGGCCACUGGGCGCGAUUUACACCGCAGUUCUUUUUCGCGCGACUAUGCCGACCCUCGGAGAGGACUUGGUCAACGAUAACAGGGAACACUGGAGCUCCUGGCAUAGGUUUCUCAUUUUGAGCGCGCUGCCGACCAUCGGAUGUAUAAUAGGAUUGUUGUGGGCGUCCGAGUCGCCCAGAUACCUAUUGGAAGCAUCUAGAGAGGUCGAGGCGUUAGCAGUAUACCAGAGACUGCACAAAUUAAACAAAACCAGGACCCAAUAUGGACUCACGGAACUGGAGCUGCCGGGAAGAAGCGCAUAUCGAGAAACGUCUCCAACUUCUCCCGGGAACCUGCUAACGGAUGGCGUCGCCACAUUUCGCGAGGCUUUCUUCAAAAUUUUCUCGCCCGCGCGCUUCAGAAUCACCAUCCUCUUGGCCACCGUGCACCUCCUAGUGGGACUCGUCUACAUGGGCAUAUCGACGUAUUCUACCACGCUCAUCAAGGAGGAGCGCGAACGCGAGUACGGGUCCCACAGGAAAUUUGUCCAGGACGUUAGCUUCGGCGGGACGUUCAAUGAAACAAUCGAGAACCUGCAGUACAAAGAUUGUCUUUUCCGUCGAGUUACCUUCGCACACAUCAACUUGAACCACGUGGAGUUUCUAAAUUGCACCUUCGAAGAGGCUGAGUUUAUCAACGUCAAAACUUCGGUGUCCUUUUUUGAGUAUUCAAUCAUUAGGGAUUCAAGGUUUAUCGAUACCGAUCUGAGAGACUACAACUUCGUGGGGUGUGUUCUGGUGAACAACACCUUUAUAUCAUUGAUAUCCGAGUGCGUGGUAGAUUUCGAUUACAAUAUUUACUUGGAAGAUUUGUACGACGAAACCCUUGCUUGGUCCAGUUUUAUGGUUCCAACUCUAUUUUCCUACGGUUUCGCAAUGGAAACCGUAUCUAGAACGAGGGCGGUAGUGAUUACGUUAGCGUUGGCCAGCCAAGCCGGGGGUGGAAUACUGUUUUUCCACUUAUUCGGCUACAGCACUAUGGUCUUUGUAGCGGUAGAGGUCGUUUUGAAAGUACUGCUUGUAUGCAGUCUUAAUGCGCUGACUUUAGUUGUCGUGGAGGCAUACCCUUGCGACCUGAGGUGCACCGCGCAUGGAUUUAUGCGCAGCGCAUUUCAUCUGGCGUCGCUCUGCGCAGUACCGAUAUUCGGGACUCUCGCCCACACGACGCUCUUGUUUGCGGCGGUAGUCACAAUGGCGGUAGCUUUUUGCGCCGCUUUGUUAUCUUUAAAGAUCCAGGACAAUAGUAAAGUGCUAUUGUAAACCAUCGAUCGUCCACCACUUAACUCAACCAUACUUUUUUUUGUUUUAUAAUGAUAACGUUUGCGCGUAGAUUGCCUAUUGUAUAAAACUUGAGAAUCUAACAAUUAAUCGCUAAACUUUUACGUUACUUUUAUAAAUCCCCUACAUUUAUAAACCAUAAAUAAGUUUUAUAACGGCUAUAGAACCGACCUACAGUGUUUAGCAACAUCAAAUAAAAAACGUCUCUUUUUCGCUUGACAUUUUUCUAUAUCUUUGUUUUCAAUAUAUUUUAUUGUGUAUUGUGUAUUUUGCUUUCACUCUGAAAUUUUUUACUUUGACGAUAAUAUCUUAAUAAAAUGAAUAUUACCCAACUUAAAAACUUUCCUACAACAACUUAGUUUGAUUUGGCAUAAAAACUUGAUCCAAUAAUUUUAUAUUUUACCCCUGCUAAAACUGAAGCACACUUGUUUUAAGCCCUUUAAAACCUAAUUUUGGUAAAAAUUGAAAAUGAAUGUGAUGAAUUUUUUUUUUCGCAAUAUAAAAUGCAAAUGUAAAUACAUUGCAAGAACAUAUCACAAAGGGCGUUGAAGUUAUACUUCCUCACUUAAUCUUCAAUUGCAGUAUAUGAAUUAUUGAUAUGAUAGGAGGAGAUUACUCAGUAUGCAGUUAACAGUUAAGCCCGUACAAUACACAAACUAAAAUUCAAAGCAAUACAAAAAAGAAAAAGAAAACAAAAAAAGAAACCCUUGUUAAGCAUGUAUCUAUUAGUAUCAACAUCAACUGAUUUAUAUAAAAAGGUAUAUAACAAAAGUCUUUCUUUUUAUGCACGUGUUUAUGUUGUUUUUUAAACAUAUAGUUUUAAUUGUUAUAAACCUUAUCUAGGUGUCUUAUAGCAUAUCUCUUGCAAUAAAACCUAAGCUAAUAUUAUAUUUGUUGUUUUAUAAGUUACCUAACAGGUGUAAAAUGAAUUGAAAGCUAUUAUGCAAUCCUAAAAUCAGUUGUUUAUUUGUUCUUGAAAGAAUAGCAGUAUUGAAGUAUCCUUAAAUUGUUUUAGUAUUACAAAACUUAUCUUUCUUAUAAAACUAUGAAAACUGGUUUAAAAGCUAAGGUUUUCAUCCCGGUUAAUUUCAGAUCUUUGGUUAUUAAUAUCGUCGAUAUUUAAUUUAUCUAACUAUUAUACACAAUUAUAUUAAGAAAAUUGUGCAUUUUGCCAAUAAUAGAAAUGUCAAUUUUUAAUGACGACGAGGGUUUACCGAUUCCAUUUUUUUUUCAUAAGAUGAAUAUUGGUGGUUAAUGGGGUACUGAACAGUACAGUACAGUAACAGGUAUUUUUGUUUUUACUUUUAUGUAUUUAAAAUCGGACUCCAAUAGUAAGCAACAGCUGAUAGGUUAUAAUGUAGGCCAUGAAAAUUAGGGGAUAAACCUGUUUUAUGAAAGCUAUUUACUUACUAUCGAUGGGAAAGAGUGUCAUUUUUAUAAAUAAUAUUUUGUUUUAUAAUAAAACGCUGUUGCAAAUGUUGCUUUGGUUUUAAAAAAUGUAGUGUUAUUUUUUCGUCUUUUAUUAAUCAAUGAAUUAAUUAAUUAAUUAAUCAGCGAACAAAGAAUAAUUAAUAAUUAUAGUGAAUAAUCGAGAUUGUUUAAAAUUUAAAAUUAUAAUCUGAUCAAUGAAGACAUGAAGAAAUGAAGUAAUAAAGCAACAAUGACAUUACCUUGUGUAAUUAAUAUAACAAAUAACAUAACGCGACCUUUAUAUUAAGUUAUUACCACUGAACAUAAAGAACACAUUUAAGAAGGGUCGCUGUGUACGCAGGUAUCAACUUUCCUUUGAAUUUUCCUUAGCACUUCGUGACACUCCCAAAGUGCCGAACGCCGAAGAGAGUGACCCUUUCUGCCUUGUUUAUGUUCGGUACUGUAAGUAAGGAGGGCUAAAAAGUAGAAUAUUGCUUUAUAUACCUCUUCUACUUCAAGUUUUUGAUGUAGGCGGAGCGCCAUUCGAUUUAUUAAGUGUUAUAAGUUUCAUUAGUCAUUCACACCUGACAACUGCAAUCAGCGAUAAAUAAACCAAGAAACUGGCAGGUGAAGACCCAGUAUUUUCAAGUAGGAAAGCGUUGCAUAAUUGGUCAUUUUAGUGUAGGGAGUAGUAUUCCGUUUUUUAGCCUUUCGUAGUUGAAAGAGAAAUGUCAAUUCUCGGUUUAAUCUCUCGCUGUAGAUGAUAAAAAUAUUUGAUGGAUUUUUUACCCAUGUUAUUUACAUUGUGAAUAAUAAAUUUCGCUUCCUUAUCUCGGGAUAGUUUAUUGCUUAGUUUUUAAGAAAUCAUAAUGCGUUUAUUUUUAAAGUUUUUGAAGAAU